CUGACGGUCUCACGUGGGGGGAUGUGGCAGCCGCGCCUUUAGAGGAGUGUGAUCGUAAAAGUAAAAAAGUAGAAAAGCCGGAUAGCUUGAUAAGUCUCACGGAACAACCUGCACACUCCACCUGCAUCCCGUUUCAUCAUGCUCUCUGUGUCCGAGAUUGUGUCUGGUGAAAGCUAUGAAGAGUGUCGGACGACAGCUGAUUGGCUGAUGUCCAGCACGGAGGUACGGCCGACGGUGGGAAUCGUGUGCGGCUCAGGGAUGGGGGGGCUGGCUAAGAUGCUGAAGGACCCUCAGGUCUUCAAAUACAGCGACAUUCCCAACUUCCCCCGGAGCACAGUGCAUGGUCAUGCUGGCCAGCUGGUAUUUGGAACACUCAAAGGCAAGCCGUGUGUUUGCAUGCAGGGCAGGUUCCACCUGUAUGAGGGCUACCCCAUCCAGAAGAUCACGCUGCCCAUGCGCGUCUUCAAGCUGAUGGGCGUGGAGACGGUCAUCCUGACCAACGCCGCCGGAGGCCUCAACCAGGACUACAAAGUGGGAGACGUCAUGAUCCUCAAGGAUCAUAUCAACAUGCCCGGGUUCGCUGGAAUUAACCCGCUGGCUGGACCCAAUGAUGACAGGUUUGGCGUCCGCUUCCCCUGCAUGUCUGACGCCUAUGACCGCGAGCUGCAGCGGUUGGCCCACGAUGUGGCGUCGGAGCUGGGCUACAACAAAUUCCUGAGGGAUGGGGUGUACUGCGUCGUGGGAGGUCCCUCCUUCGAAACCAUCGCAGAGUGUCAAAUGCUGCACAGGCUGGGCGCCGACGCUGUGGGGAUGAGCACUGUCCACGAGGUCAUCGUGUCCCGCCACGCCGGGAUGCGUUGCUUCGCCCUGUCGCUGAUCACCAACCUGGCGGUGAUGGACUACGACAGCGAGGAGAAGGCCAACCACGAAGAAGUCCUGGAGACGGGCAGGCAGAGGGCCGAGCAGCUGGAGAAGCUGCUGUCCACCAUGGUGGCCCGGCUGGAGCACAACAACAACAACAACAACUCCUUCUGAACGUGAUGCCGCUGCACCCGGGUCAGCUGACCUGCUUUAACUCUUUAAAUGCUGCUACAGUAACCCCCCCCCCCCCCUCGGCUGGGUGACUACUUGAUAAACUAGUUUAUUUGGUUUGCUUUCACUCACUUGUUACUUUAAGUCUUAAAAUCCUGGAAGCUUUACUCUCCUCCAUCUGCAGCGUGUACAUAUCUGAGGUGUACAGAUGAAGGACUUCAGCGCGUUGCAUUAUUCUGCAUUCAGCCGAGUGUUUCAGUGAAACGGGGUCGUAUUUUUAUUUCUAAAUUAAUACCUUUUAACUUAAAAAAAUGACAUAUUUAUUGUUUCAGAUCUUUGACAUUCAUGAAUACAGUGAUAUGGAUGUAAUGUAGAGGGCCAGGUCCUCGCACGACUUGGUGGAAGUAAUAAUUUCUUAAAGUGUAAAAUAGAUAAAAAAUGUUCUAAAAUAUUUAUACUAAUUAUAUUUAAGUGGUGUUUUCUUUGCUUUUGAUGAUAUAUCGAGAGUUUGAUGAACAGCUGAAGAAAGGGAAUAUAAAACACAUGUGACAGUUACUAAAGUAUGUUUAUUGAUCAGAAUCUCCCUCUAUGUCUUAUCACUGUGUUAGCAGACUGUAAGAGGUACUUUAUUACAAACUGGAUCUACUUUUACAAUAAAAUGACUCAACUUAAA